UCUUAACGGAAUUCACACUCACACAAGCUAUCGUAACAAAAGAAAAAACCCACAUUUCAGAUAAGAUAAAAUUGUUGAGAUAUGUCAAUGGCAGCAGCAACAGCAACAGCAAAUGGAUGUCUGUCAUGGAAUUCAUCUUCAUUCCUUAACAACAACACCACUACUACUCUCACUCUCACUACCAACACACCCAUCAAUAUCUCUCAUAAAUCUUCCUCAGUACCUUUUGUUAUCGUUGCUCAAAAGAAAGCCAAGAAACUAAGAAAGAUAAUAUUGAUUGAAGAUGUUAGUGAUGUGGGUAAAAAAGGACAACUUUUGGAUGUCAAAGCUGGUUUUUACAGAAACUUUUUGCAUCCUUCUGGCAAGGCUAGGAUUGUUACUCCUCUUCUUCUCAAGGAAAUGAAGGUUGAAGAAGAGAGAAUUGAGGCUGAAAAAUUACGGGUAAAAGAAGAGGCUUUACAACUUGCUCGAAUUUUCGAAACUGUUGGUGCUUUCAAGGUGAAACGUAAGGGAGGGAAAGGAAAGCAAAUAUUUGGAAGUGUUACUGCUCAAGAUCUAGUUGACAUAAUUAAAGCACAACUUCAACGGGAUAUCGACAAAAGAAUUGUUUCUCUCCCAGAGAUCCGAGAAACAGGAGAGUACAUUGCAGAAUUGAAGCUUCAUCCUGACGUUAGUGCUCAAGUUAGGGUGAAUGUCUUCGCCAACUAAAGGACAAAACACUUGCUUGACUACUUUAAAAUCGGUGUAUGUCAAUUUUCAUGGAUGAAAACUUGAAGUUACUUCUUGAAUCAGCCGAGUUCAAUGUCUAGUGAUCUUUUGGUUUUUGUUAUGUGCUCAAGAUUUUAACAUUGGUAUGUACACAUCCUUGGUAUUAUGUGUUUUGUUUUGUUGUAUUAGUCAUUCUAGUGUAAUUUCAAGAAACACUUCAGUA